AGAAGAUAGCCGCAACAGCACCUUUGAGACGCUGAUUAAUUCUCCUGUGAUAUUUUUUCUUUAAUUACCAAAACGUCGUACGCAAUGAGGGGGGACCGCGGCAGGGGUCGAGGAGGCCGCUUUGGGUCCCGCGGAGGACUGGUCCAGGGCCUCUCAUCGCCACGGGAACGGCGUACUCGGUGACCUGAAACGGUAUUUUUUGACAACAGCUUCCAGAGUGGGGAUAAUCUGGAAAACAUCGGCUUGCAGUUGCCGUGUAGACUGGCAAUACGACAACGUCACUUCCCCCCGACCUCCGUCAUCGUCACGUGACCAGAAGAGCAAGGGGGAGGGGGGCAGCAAUGGCGGACGUCAGAGCUUUAUUUGUGCUGCAGUUGUCGCUGUUAGCGAUAUUGCAACAAAACCUCGCCGCCCUCUAUGAACUACGCUUGGAGCAGCGACGCAUAUACAAUCACGUGCGUCAGAUUCUUUCCAGCUCGCCGCGGCGUCCGACAAGAAGAAUCACCAGAAGACGAUUUUGGGUGAGACCCGGAAGAACUAGCAGCUGGUGGGAAAACUUUGUGGAUGGCGUCGUGGCGGACGAUGACUGGAGAGCCAGUUUUCGCAUGUGUAGAGGUUCUCUUUUGGCUCUGAGUGAAGAACUCCGUCCUCACAUCGAAGGCCAAACAACCAACAUGAGAGAAGCGAUCGGACCUUUAAAAAAGGUUGCUUGCACGCUGUAUUAUUUGGGUGCCGAGGGAAGUCUAGGAAAGACCGCUAACUCCUUCGGACUGUCGCGGCAGUCCGUAUCCGUUGUCGUAAGACAAACCUGCAAGGCCAUUGCUCUCCAUCUUGGUCCAAAAUACAUCAAGCUCCCUUUCACCGAACCCGACGCAGAGGAGCUUGUUUCGGGAUUUUGUCAAGCGCACGGAAUGCCGCAAUGUUUGGGAGCGAUCGACGGGACUCACAUUGAAAUCAGGCAGCCAUCUUCCAACGCCACGGAGUACAUCAACAGAAAGGGUAAACAUUCCCUAAACGUGCAAGCCGUCUGCGACUACAAAUAUUACUUCCUGGAUGUCGUUAUAAAAUGGCCUGGCAGCACGCACGACGCGCAAGUGUUCGCCAACUCGCAGAUAAACUCCUUUUUUAAAAACGGCAAGAUCCCAGCCUUGAGAAAGCGGCUCGUGGACGACGAGGACCCGAUAUCCGUAUUUCUGGUGGGCGACUCGGCCUAUCCGCUAAUGCCUCACCUGAUCAAGGAGUAUUCAAACGGCGGCUCCACGCCCCAAGAGCGGAGCUUCGGGGUGCAUUUGUGUCGAUCCCGCGCGGUCAUCCGGCGUGCGUUUGGUCGACUCAAAGCCAGAUUCGCCGCCCUGAAACGAGCUAUGGACAUCAACCUAAAAGAUCUGCCGUUUGUUAUUUACGCUUGCUUUGUUCUCCACAACUACUGCGAGGCCAGGAAGGAGCCCGUAGACGAAGACGCCGUGCAGGGCGCCGUACAAAGGGACCGGGAAGCGCAGCCUUCCACACCGUGCAACCAUAACCUGACCCACUGCAACGAGACGGAGGGAACCAGAGUCAGAAGAGUGGUUACAAAAUAUCUUGACCAUUGAACAAACUGCUUUAGUAAUUACUAUAUUCCCGAGUAUUUUUUUGUACUGCGACUUUGCAAUACUUUAUAUAUUCUGAUUUUUUGUUUUGGUGCUGUAAAUAAAUGAC